AUGAGUUCCUGGGCUACGCUACCGCGGUCGUGGAAGCUGGAGGAUGUCCAAGCAGUGUUAAACGUCAUCGUCACAGCCCUAAGCGGCAUCACCAUAUACGUGUUCACACGCUGCUGCUGGUCAGUCAGUGCACGGGUGGCUGCCGAAGGAAGGGUCGUGCCAAUAUCGUCCCUCCUCAGCUUGAACACACCUGGUGAAGCCAUCGAUGUUCUCAUACUCUUAAAAUCUCAUAUUUUUUCACAUUGGAUCAUUGUUGCUCAAAGCCUCGUCGUCGUUGCACUCUCCAUCACAACUGUCCUCUCUGGUCCGAUUGCGAAGUACUCAACAAGGCUGACGCACGUCGUGGCUCAAACGGAGGCCAAUGGGCUUCUUGCUGGAAGAACGGAUAACAGCAUGCCAGACUCCCAAGUGGCGUGGAAUUUGACCCAAACAAGUCUCGACCGCGCAAACUUUCCCAUCAACGAACUCCUCGACUAUCUCCCAAACACUUCGGAUUUGUGGGUUUACCGUCCUGACGAAUGGAGCAACAGUUGGGCCAUGACCUGCGAGUCCACCGAGUCAAUGACCGUGAGCUUGCAUCUCACAUCCGAUUGUAACACCUUUACCGGGAAGUUUGGUGGCGCAAUAGAAGACAAAAUCUUUCCGGCAUUUCUGCGCAGCGACUACGGGUAUUGGGAAAGCGCAGAUUUCUACGUCAAUGUAACAUUGAUCAAGGAUCUGCUCAUCUGCAUGUAUGCGGCGAACUAUUCAGACUGGGAUGAAUCCAGUAGUCCACUCGGCACAUAUCGCACGGUGUUUAUGUCCAUGGCAGCUUUACAUCUUCACCAUGCACGGAAGAACGAUUCUGAUGACUACGCUCCGUGUCGAUUUGGUGAAGGACCAGUGGGCUCUGCUUCAUAUACCCGUGUCGAUUGCACGGUCAAGCUCACCAAUGGCCAUAUUCAGGACCCAACUUGGAUCGCAUUCCCGGAUAUUAAGAACGUGUUUACCAUCCCUGCCGCUAUGGUGGGAAACUAUUUCACGCGCUUCAAGGAGGAGUCAAUGGCGGACGAUGAGAUUACGAUAAUUCGCCCUAGAGACCUGCAACGAUUCUAUCAGACAUACAUGAUCACCAAGGACACUCAACUCAAGCGGCCAAUCAAACGCAAGGUAAGCGUCAAAGUUGUUGCCGUAGAACUGUCCACCGGAUUCAUUGCAAUCUUCACCCUUCUUACUCUCUUUGUUUUCAUUGGAGGAGGAGCCUAUGGUCUCUUCCUCUUCAAGCACCGAGAGGCCAUGGAAUCAGUGCCGCAGUCUAAGCUAGAUUAG